AUUUAAUCUGCCCAUCACUAGUCUGUAGUGUAUGUACGAAAAAAUUUAAUUAUAUAAUUUAAUUUGGAUUUAUAAACUUUUGGUACAAAACAGAAGCUUAAAAACAUAAUACAUAUUUAUUUGCAUUACAUAAUUUUAAAUUAUUAUAUUUCUUCUGAGUUCAGUCGUGUUGUGCAAAGUGGUCCGAUCCUACGUGAAAUACAGUAUUAUUCCAAUGUUCGUAUGUUUAGAAAAUUUGCAUGGAAUAUAUAAAAUUUUAAUUGUGUGUUGAUCCUAUACAGUUCAUUCUAUAAUCUUUUUUUAUAAUUGGUUUUCAAAUUCAUAUAAAUGGAUGCUGAAAAACAGAAAGAUGAAAUAAUUGCAUUGGAAAGUAUUUACAACACAGAAGAAUUUUCAUAUCAAGAAGAAAAUGGUACUUAUCAAUGUACAUUUACAAUAUUUAUAAAUCUUCCUCCCAAUUAUUACACAACUUAUAAGGAUUUAAGAUGUGUGGAUGAACCAGAACAAACAAUCAAGAUAUCUCAUUUACCACCUUUAAUGCUUCGCAUUGUUUUACCAGAAAGUUAUCCUUCCAAGUUACCUCCUAAAUUUACUUUAUAUUCAUCCUGGUUACACUUAUCACUAUUAACCAAAUUAUGCAAGAAGUUGGAUAAAUUGUGGAUAGAAAACAAAGGACAAGAAAUUUUAUUUACAUGGGUGGCUUUUUUACAAGAUGAGACUUUGGAUUUUUUACAUAUACAAGAAAGUCUCAACAUAAGUUACAUAUAUACAUGCUACAAAGAAACUUUGGAAAAAGUGCAAAAUAUUCAGAAAAACAAAAUAAUAGAUAAUAAUGACAAAGUACAUACAGAGGAUGUAAAGAAUAAGGUGAAAGUAGGAACUAAUAACAAAUAUGUCAGUAAAAAGAAGUUGAUACAAAAAUCCUAUGAUAAGAGAGCUAUUUUAGAUUGUCCUGUUGGAAGAAAUCCAAUUCAGAUGUUAAUUGACUACAAUGAAAAGAGAAAUCAAAUUGAAUUUAAGAAGAAUUUCAGUACUUGUAAAAUCUGUUUUGAAGACAAAUUAGGUGAACACUGUACACAAUUUUUACCUUGUUCUCAUGUAUUUUGUAAAGAUUGCAUAACUAAUUACCUAGAAGUAAGAAUAAAAGAUGGAAAUGUGCAAAACAUUUAUUGUCCUGAAGAAAAAUGUACUUCCGAAGCUACUCCUGCUCAGAUUAAGGAUCUAGUAAGUUCAGAAUUAUUUGCUAAGUAUGACUCUAUAUUAUUAAGUGCCACAUUAGCUACUAUGAUGGACAUAAUAUAUUGCCCAAGACGUAAUUGUCAAUAUCCAGUCAGUCUUGAACCAAAUGAACAAAUGGCAAAAUGUCCAAUUUGUCAAUAUGCAUUUUGUGUCUUUUGCAAAAUGGUAUAUCAUGGUAUAGAGCCAUGUAAACUUUACUCAGCUGGAACACAUCAGUUAGUAUCCGAAUAUCAAGAAGCAUCUGAUGAUAAAAAGCUCCAGAUGGAACAACGUUAUGGUAAAAAGCAACUUCAGACUUUAGUAGAAAAUACAAUGUCUGAAAGUUGGAUUCAAACUAAUAGCCAAAAAUGUCCUACAUGCAAGGCUGCUAUUGAGAAAUUGGAUGGAUGUAACAAAAUGAAAUGUUGGCGAUGUAAUACACCGUUUUGCUGGCUAUGUAAUACUGUUCUAAAUUAUGAUAGGCCGUAUGAACAUUUUGAAGAUGGAAAUUCUAAAUGCUAUAACAUGUUAUAUUACGGAAUGCCAAUAGAAGAUGAUGAGGAAGAUGAGGAUGAUGAUAUCGAUUUCUUACUUGAAUUUCCUGAUUACUUACAUUACGAAUCAGAAUACUUCGAAUCAGACGAUGAAUCCUGUUCCGAACUGUAAUAUACAAUUUGAAUAAACAUAAUAUAAAUAAGUUCAAAAAUUUAGUAUCUAUUGUUACUUUUUAUGAGCGUAUUUUUUAAAUGUAUUGUUAGAGUUUAAACGAAAUAUGUGCUUCUAUUUAUCUUUUUGCGUAAAUCCUAAUACUUGUAAUGUCCCGCGUAUUCAUACGUAUUGUUCUUUGUAAAUACAAAGAGACGCACAAAUAAAUGUAUAUUUUUGCUGGUUUAUUAUUUAAACAUGAAUUAAAAAAAAGGUAUUUCCUGCAUAGUAUCAUUUAUAAGGUAAAUUAUUUUCUUAGAAUAAAAUAUAGCAGACUUUAAUUGUACGUUUUUGAUAUGACGAACUUAAGCGAGUUUUGAUACGAAUGUGCAUAGCUUUCAAAACUUUUGAAUACAUAUUCAAGAAUUAAAAAAUUCGGAACUUAGAUAAGCCAUAUUAAGAUUGUUAUUACAAUUCGUGUUUUCUUAAUUCACGAUUCAAAGGUUCUAGUCGCCUAAAUUUAAAGAGUCGUGCGUAUAUGCCCUUGUUAAAACAAAAUAGUCUGUAAAAUAAAUGAAAAAUAAAUGCACUUUUAACUUAAACUCAA